AUGGCGUCGACCACCCCCACGACGAGCGCCAUUGAGACCACGCCGCUGCUCACCGUGGCACACCAACGCUACACCAUCCACUCCACUUCGGAAACCCCCUCCUCCUCCUCCCUCGUCGACAUUACCAAGUCACGCUACGAUCUCGGCACCUUCAAAGGCCGUCUUCUCCACUUUGCCACCGUCACCUCGCCCCUCACGCUGCUCGCUUCCAAUGCCGAGCUUCGCGCAGCCCAGGAGCUCGUCUGGUCGUACGAAUCACGCUUCCCCACGAACCGCACCACGGGCAGCUUUCUUGUGCCUCAGUCCGAAGCGGCAAAGUACUACAAGGCCAAGCAGCUCGUCGACUCCUCCGUGCACCCCGACACUGGCGAGGUGAUCCUGCUGCCGUUCCGAAUGGCCGCGUUUGUGCCCACCAACCUGCUUGUCGUCGGUGGGAUGCUCAUGCCCAACCCCUCGCUCGCCUCGAUCAUCUUCUGGCAGUGGAUCAACCAGUCCCUCAAUGUCGCCGUCAACUACUCCAAUGCCAACAAAUCCGUCCCCAUGAACAUGAAGGAGGUCGGCAUCGCGUACGCUGCCGCCACCACUUCUGCCGUCGGGAUCGCCGUCGGCAUGUCGCGCGGGGUACCCAAACUUCGCGUUUCACCGGGGAUCAAAUCCGUGCUCACCAGCUUGGUCCCCUUUGUGUCGGUCGCAUCCGCCGGUAUCGUCAACAUCUCGUGCAUGCGCUGGAAGGAGAUCAAAGACGGCAUCGGCAUCUACAUCACCGACCCUUCCACAGGCACUCGUACCCACAUAGGCGAUUCGUCCAUCGCCGGCACGCGCGCCGUCUCGAUGACCGCCGCCUCGCGCGUCCUCACCAACAUCCCCACCUUGAUCCUACCCCCGCUCGCAUUGCGUGCCCUACAACGCGCCAAGCUCAUCCCCACCUCCGGUCCCCUCACCCGCGCCGUAGACCUCGCCAUGAUCGGAACCUCGCUCCUCAUCUUCCUACCCCCCGCAAUCGCUACUUUCCCCCAGGUCGCCACCGCCAACCCGAAAUCCCUAGAACCGAAAUUCCACAACCUCAGAGAUCAACAUGGAAACCCGAUAGAUAGGGUCGAGUUCAACAAAGGGUUGUAG